ACUAGAGUAAAAAUUAUGCGCGGCAAAAUUCCCCUCUUCCCUCCCUUUUCCUUCUCCAAAGGCACGAUUUUCCUUAUCCACAAUUCUUUGUUCAACUCCCGUUUUUCAUCGUGCAAAAGUGCAAUUGGGACAAUGAAGGCUCAUACUUCGUCGUACUCUUUCAUUUUCUGCUAUAGAAUUUAUAUCUGAGUUCAAUAUGUUGUUUUCUUACAUGUAUUGGGUUAGUCGGUGUUACCCUCUUCGUUAUAAACCUCCAAAGUAGCCCUAUAACAUUUUUCUACUUCACCUCUACCAUAUCAACCCUCUCCGUCUCCCUCUGAAUCGAUUUGCUUUAUGUAGCUAGGGUUUUGCACUUUCCGAGUAUUUGUUCUAUGUAGUUUGAGAUUUCGUCUUCUAACGAAGCUAUGUGGAGGGGAAACGGACAAGAUAUGUGGAACAAUAGUAACAUAGCACCACCGGGUACUAGCGGAGAAGGACCACAACCGCCACCGUCGUCAAUGAUGCGGCCACCUCCGGAACCUCCGCCGCAGCUGAUGCAUCCGUCACCUGGUACUAGUUCAGGACCGCCGUCUAUAAUGCCUCCGGGUACAAGUGUUGGAGGAGCUAGCGGUUCUGGACCACCUCUACCGCCGCUGUCGUAUACUGUUUUGCCUACUGAGGCUCAGCUUGAAGAGAAAGCGAGGAAAUGGAUGCAGCUUAACUCUAAUCGGUAUAGUGAUAAACGGAAGUUCGGAUUCGUUGAAACGCAGAAGGAAGAUAUGCCGCCGGAACAUGUCCGCAAGAUUAUUAGGUUUGUAACUGUUGCGUCUGGAGCAGCCUCGGGGAAAUAUUUGCAGUAUGAGUUGUGGGAGGUCCCAGAAUUUCUGUUCAAACAGCUUACGGAGUGGAAGUUGAGGUACCUGUCAAGCAAUCGACUUACUGGACCAAUUUAAGAUUGGAUCAGAAAUAGAAAUACCAAAUAGCUUAUAGCUUUUUAUGCAGGCAUUUGCUUGAAUAAGUACAAAAAGGGUUGCUCCAUGGUUUCGGGAUAGCUGUCACGUAGCAAGCAAGUUAUAUUUUGGCAUAAUCCCAUAUGAGCUAGCUUUACUUUCGUGAGUAAUCUUCCGUGCAUUGCAAUCCAGGAGAUAAAACUAUGUUUUGGGAUGUUUGUUGUGUUCCAUACCGCUCUCCAUCAUUGUUUUUGUGGUUCUUCUCCGAGCCUCCAUUUAAAGCCACUACUAAUAGUAUACUGCCCAUUUGGUUUUAGCCAUCCGUUACCCAUGUAACCGGUAAAAGAAGAUGGACAGUUGGCACAUUCUAAUGAGGAUGAGAGCACCCAAAAAAUGUUCUUGUGAUCCUAUCGCACCGCUGGAAUUGCCUCAUUCUUUGCAUGCCUUUCACUGGGUUUCUCCUUCUGAUGAACUGAACAUGGAAGGUUUCCAUACAUUUUGUGGAGGGUUCUGGAAUUACUUCAGCAUGGGGAUAGAUGCCCAAGUAUCUUAUGCAUUUCACUCGGAGAGAAAAAUGAACCCUGACAAAUUCAAAAACCAACUUGUCAAUCAGGCUGGUUGGAGUGCUGAUUAUGUUCAUGAAAAUUUGAUUGCUUCCCAUCAUGUAAAUGAAGUACAAGAUCAGUUGCACUACUACUAAACCCAAGCCAACACCUGUUGCAGUGCCAAUAAAUUGGUCCAUUCCUAGCAGAGCAUAGAUAAACCAGCAGGAGCAGGACACGACAACGGCAAAUGACAGGAAAAAUAGCAUGUACUCCACGCUCUAUCCUGAUUACUAGUCUAAUGAUAAACCGAGGAGAUACAUACAUAACGAUGGAGAAGAUGAUGGAUUAUGGCGGAAUUAAAUUGCCAUCAAUUAUUAUUUUUUAAGCACUAAUUUCAUAUUGUAGUGGUUGAAAACUCCCUACAUAAUUUUCUAAGAAAACAAUUAGUAUUUUAUUGUGGGAUUUAUAGAACACCACAAAUUGACAGGAUCACAAGAACAUUUUAGAAAUAAAAAUGUCGAGGUCAUUUUUAUUAGUUA